UACAACGACCAGUGAAGAAGAAGAAAAGUGAGGAAAAAAAAUUUUAUUAAAAAAAUAAUAAAAUUUUAAUAAUUUUUAAGGGAGUGAAGAACGAAAGAAAAACAUUAAAAAUGAAAUUAUUGUUAGCAAGUGCUCUCUGCUUCUUAUUUGCAAUUUCCUUUGCAACGCCUUUCGUGGCAGCAGCCAGUCAGGAAAUUGACGUGGAUGAUCUCAUCAAUAAAUUGCAACAAUGGAGACAAAAUUACAAUGAAGGAUAUGAGCCUGACAUGGCACCGCCAUACCUGCAGCGAUACCAACGAGCCAACAGUCAAUAUCAGCCGCUGCCGUAUCGACGAUACUUCUUUGGCGAACGUUCGCAUCGCAGUUUGGACUCUCUCGGAGGUGGAAAUUUAUUGAAACGUUCUCUGCCAACACAGUAAAAAUAACAUGCAAAGGAUAACAGAACAAGAAGAAAAAAUGAGGAUUCACUUCUAACACAAAUAUUAUUAAACACACAAACGUGUGCUUCUUAUUUUCGUUUUUAUCUCUCCUUCUACUUGAAAGUUCUCCACGAAUUACGUCAUGAAUAAAUGAGGGAACCAAAUCACAGAAAAAAGCACUUUAUUCUAAACUAAAUUACUGCACAAUCGUUCAAUGACCGUCGUCGAGCUAAUAUCAGACUACAUCAUUAAUAAAAUUAAAAAUAACAAAAAACAACACGAAAAACAUACAAAUUCAAUUAUUUUUCCAUUCUUUCCUCCAAUUUUUUCACGACCACACAUAAAAACCCUUUAUUUUUUGCAGCACUUCAUAAAAAUAAUUAAUUAAACACAAAAAAGCACAAAAAUAUUAAUUUAUCAUAAACAACGCAUAAAUUAAUCAUCUUAUCCCUGACCAUGUAUUUACAUUUAUAUUAUUAAUAAUUAAAUUUGGAUCAAUGUCAAACUUGCGUAAGAUGACUUUGACUUAAUAAUCCCUAACGAGAAAAAAGUUCAAUUAAAAAUAAUUAUUAUAUUUUUUUGGGAGCAUCAACAAGAAUUUACAAUCAUCGUGUAACAAUUAUAUCCCAAAAAAAGUGUCAAAUUAUUGUAAUAUGUAUAUAUUUAUUGAAAAUGUGACAAAUGUUAACACA